UCAUCGUCUACGGAACGGCUCUCACUAAAUCCUUGGCGUUUCGAGUUAGAUCCGUGGGCGUGGCUUGUUGGUUUUGACUAAAUCUUUGGUGUUUCAAGUCUUACGAAACCUUUACCCUAACCCACACCCUAACCUUACUCUAACCAUCUAAACUACCUAUGAUUGUUAAAAUUGACGAAAAAACACGUUUGAGUGAUGACGUCAGACUCGAAACACCAAGGAACGGGGUUGUGCAAUAUGAUGAGACACAUCUCUUGAAAGGAUAACGCCCCUGAUCUCAAGAGUACUUGUUCUCGAUGCAGUGGAAGAUGUUGGCACAUGAGAUUGCUCAACGCUCGUAAGAAAGCCUUCAACAUCAAAGAACAGGACAAACACUAUGCUGAUUCUCAUCGGAUCACUCCGUAAACUCAUCUGCUAAAGGCUGAGAUCAUUGUAAUUCUUGCUACUAUAAAGUCUUGAUCUACAUCAUCUACACCAUGGUGGACAACCGUUAUGCCACAGCGCUGGUCAUCGGUUCUGUGCUGAGCCUGCUCGCUUGUGUUUACCUCUCUGUCGCCAUUGGAACACAGCACUGGUACCAGUACCACAGCCAGCCGGCUAGCAACGAUGCCAACAAUGGUUCGGAUCUGCAACACAUGCGACAGUACUUUGAAGAUGAGGAAGUGGACGAGCUAAACUACAGUAUAGCUCUCUUUAGGCUUAAUGGCACUCUUGGGCUUUGGUGGCGCUGUAUUCUGGUGCCCCAAAAUUUGUACUUGUUAAAGGAACCUGAUCCAACAGUGGUGACUAAAUGUCAGGCCUUUACUUUGCCCCAGCAGUGGGAGUCUAAGUACAAAUUUCCUGGAAAUGUUAACAGUGGUGAAGAUCUAAUUCGUACCUACCUGUGGAAAUGUCAGUUCCUGUUGCCGCUGGUGUCUGUGGGGCUGGUGUUUCUAGCUGCAUUGAUCGGAGUGUUUGCUUGUCUCUGCCGCAGUCUCACGCCCACCCUAUUUGUAGGGCUGCUGCAUCUGCUGGCUGGCCUGUGUUCUUUGGCAACGGUAUGCUGUUUUCUUGUGGGUGUGCACCUGCUACACGAAAGAUCCGAAUUGCCAGAGGGUAUGGACUAUUCUCUGGGAUGGUCUUUGUUUUUGGCCCUGGUCUCUUCUCCGCUGCAAAUAAUGGCCGCUGCACUCUUCAUAUGGGCUGCCAGGAGCCAUCGCCAAAACUACACUCGUAUGACAGCCUAUAGAGUUGCCUAGGCAACAGAGGACUGACUUACAUUGUCGAAGUUAACAUACGCUCCCACAUGCACACUCCCAUGUUUGCUAUAGCAACUGCUUUACCACUAAACUCGCUGAUUUUUCUAGACGGAAACAGUCAGAAUACACUCCUCACCAUAAGUGAAACUAAUGUGCCGUCCACCUGAAGGGUUCAUCUUAUGAAUAUUUGCAUCACAUGAAGGAUUUUUCUGUUAUACAACUGCCUUUCUAACCACUCGGUUUAACUUUUCUCCAACGGCCAUUCAAAGUCUCACUUUAUAAUCAGCUGAGAAAGCACAUCUAUAACAUGUUCUGAUUAAACUCGCAGGCAUUUAUUUUCACUGUCAACCAACACUCAGGUUAUAUUAUCAUCUAUUUCGAGAUUUUGUUUGGUCUUCUUUGUGCUUUUUACGUAACAGCCCUGUGUUUUUAGUUAGCCCCGUGUUGUAGCUAUUCACUUUUUUAAAGAGAUUUGUGCUUUGCAGUCCUGAGGUUCAGGAAGGUUUUGUCUUGAAUGUUUGUAUCUGCCACGAGCAUUAACAACCACUAAAACUGAAGGCUUUUCCUAAAUAUUUGUUGUGCUUAUUUAUUGUUUUUCUUUCGCAUUGCAUUUGGUUAUGCUGUUUUGUUUACUAUUAUCUUUGAAUUUUUAGAAUGUAUUUCAUCAUGCAUGUUAAAUUAGUUUAGUCAUUUUGUCUAGAACCGUAUAGGAAAAGAUGUUUUUGAUGGUUCAGGUAGCCAUUUCAGACCAUCUGCUGGUUUACAUAAUUAUUUAUACUUUAAAACAUUUAGCUGGGUGAUUUUUGCCACAGUUUAUUGUCUGAGAUACAAUUUGGAAAUUGUAAAGAAUUACUUUUGCCGCAAAUCUUGAUGAUUUUCAUGAAAAAUGAGAUACAGAGGUUUCUCUGUUUUGUACAUGGCACAGACUAUUAAUUUAUUGUAGAUUGGUAAUGUGUAGUUAAAAGGAUAGUUCACCCAAAAACAAAUCAUGUACUCAGCCUCAUGUCAUUGCAAACCUGUAUGACUUUCAUUCCUCAGAACACAAAAGAAGAUAUUUUAAAGAGCUUUGGAAAACAGACAACAUUGACCUCCACUGUAAGAACACAGACAUUUCUUGAAAACUUCCUCUUUUGUGUUCCAGAGUCAUAUAUAGCUUUUUAAUGACAUGGUUUUUCUCUGUGAACUUUCCUUUAAAUUGUAAAGUCUCAAAGUUUGGUAAAAAAGUAUGGUAAAAUUGCACAGCGUACACCUGGCCUGAAUAUAUUUGUUGCUACAGUAUUGUCAAUUGUCACAUGGUUUAUUCUGUGCAUUGUAAUAUUUGAGAUCCAACUUUGUUCAAGUGAGGUUGUCUUUUUUUAUCUAGUCCUUCAAUUUGUAUCUUUUCCAAGCAAACGUUAAAGACAGCAACAUAUAAGCAACACUGUGACAUCAUCAUGAUGGUGCCCAAAACACUUCCAACACUUUUUUUAUUCAUUUUAUAAGCACUCCUGUCAAAGGUAUAUAUUGCUGGUCACAAUAAAUAUCAUUUCUUUCAAAACAAGAAAA